ACACACUUUAUUGGCAUCUACUUCGGUAUUUUUUGAAGGUAUCAUCUCUGAGCUUCCAUGCUGAAACAAGUAAGACAACGCAAAUGUAAGACAAACACAAACACAACGCACCUUCGGUUGUCGUUACAAUUAAUGGAUGCAUUUUGUCGUGUCGUUUUUUUUCUAGGUGCUGAAACUUCUUUAAGCUGAAGAAAUCGGUGCAUGAAGUCGGUGUUUUUUCUAUUUUUUUUAUACAAUAAUUUCCUCCUGUUUCGGUUUUGUUCAAAUAUUUUUUCGCGAUCCACUAGCCUGCUCAUGUCUGAGAAUUCGAUUUUAUUCCCACCUGAUAAAUUGCCUUUCACUACCUUGCUUGCUUCCAGGAGGAUUUUGUGAAGAUUUUUGUCCUCGGUUUAUUUUGACAAAUUGUGAUUAGCGUAAAUCAUAAAAGAUUGUGCCAAAAAAGCGCAAGUGAGAAGCAAGAGGCCUCGCCUUUUGAUUCCUGGUGCUUACGUAGUAUGUUUUGAAAUGUAGGCCACUAGAGUUUCUACCUUUUUUUCUGUCAAGUAAAUUUUUGUGUUCCAGUCCGUAUGAGUGCUGAUCUGUUACUAUAUUUUUCCUUAGGAAAUCAGAAUCAGUAUCAAGAUGGCAGAAGGAUAUGACAAUGACCUCCCUCCAGUCGUAGAGGCGGGAAUGAUGUUGCCGGAAAGCAGUCCCCUAGCACCGCUUACGAAGGCGGCGCUGGUAAAUCUCGAAAGCAGGAACGUCGAAAGCAGGGAUGUUGUGCCCGGCUUGCCUUAUGGCUCACCCUUAUCCAUCUUCGGAAGCAUCUCAGAGACGUUUUCAAGGGGAAAACGCUCUCAGGAUGAGCCUCUCAGGAUAAGCCUCUCAGGAUAAGCCUCUAAUUGCCUUCGUUGCCGAGCGAAGGAGACUUGCUGAAGGAAAUCUCUGCCGCUACCACACUAUCCACGAAAGCCGAAACGUGCGUGGACGUUUUUGAUGACGAAGAAGAAUUAUGGUCAACAUUUAGUGUCCAUCUUUCUCGGCAUCUUGGCCCCUCUUUUGUUCCCCUGUAUUCUUCUCAACUAAGUACCAGAAGAUCAGGGAUUUCGACGGACAACUUGUUUACUUUCACUUCUCAUGAAUAAUACAAGGGGUAAGAAAGGGGUCGAGGUGAGGGGGCUCCUAGGAUGGAUUCAAGCUGAGUCUAAGAGAAGAAGACUUCAACGACCGAGAUGGGCAAGAUUUUUUCAACGACGAUGGUGAUGACUCCGAAGGCUUCUUUCGCAGGGGCUCGAAGGAGUCUAGUGUGGGCUUCUUUCGUAGAGAUUCGAAGGAGUCUAUUUUGGCUGGUGAAAGUUUCCUACGAUCGAAGGAACACGAAGAGCCAGUUGUAACUGAUCGCUUUGAAGACAACGUGGAGGACGAGCACUAUGAAAAUAAUCAUGUUGAUGACAUUGGAGUUCACAACGAUGAAGAACUACAUCAGCGCAAAAUUGAGGUGCAGGAGAAAUUAUUCUCGUUGAAGACUGGACGUGGAGAGGAAGCAGAUCCAACUUCUGCUGCGGUUCAUCUUCAAUUAGUUAUGGUCAACAUUUAGUGUCCAUCAUUCUCGGCAUCUUGGUCCCCUUUUCCCUUGUAUUAUUCCUAUGAAAUGAUACAAGGUCUAAUAAAAGGGGUCAAGAUCAUGAGGGGACCGAGAUGCGUUCUAGCACGCGCUAAUUUAGAGGUGGUGGAUCGGGAUUUAAAGGCCACGACAUCGGAGGGAGGAGAGCGUGCGGAGAGGGAAUAUCUUGCUGGAGAGGAGAUUUUUUGUGAAGAGGCACUACUGGGAAAUCUAGCUCCGGAAGACUACCACUUGCCGCGCGCUUUGAGGGCUCAGAUCGUCACUGCCUUGUCGCCAAAGGAUCGUGUGUAUGUCAUCGCAAUGGCCGUGCGAUGGAUACAAGAGAAUGCUCGCAGAGUGGAAAAAAGCAAGAACUUGGCUGGAGGAGGGCUUCAGACCCACCAAAUGGAUCCAGAAUUUGGAGAACAACACUACAAUUUUCAAGACGAAAAGAGUGCCUUUUUAGGCGGAAAUGGAGGUCCAAAGUCUGGGUGUGGGAGAGACGGAUCAACCAAUUGUGGGAAGAGAGAAGAAAUAGAAGACGGUAAUGCUCCUGCACGCUAUGGAGGACAGAAGCACCAACUUCCUACCUUGCUGGGUACAGAGGGACUACCUUGCCUGUCUAACGAAGAAGGGUCGCUGUCAGCGACGUGCGCUUCGUCAGUUGCGGAUCUCGCCGCACUGCAGCACGCCCCUCCUCCAAAUGCCAGCGUCGCGAAGCCUGUGGAAGGAACCCAAUCAAAGCAAGCGCGUCUGAGUGAAAAGACAGUGGCUACUAACAAGGAGGCACUGGCUCCAGAGGAAGCCUCGUACGACUGCGAUAAUAUGGAUCCCUCAUCUGGUGGAGGCGACCGCGACACGCUUCCAGUGUCCAGCGCAGGUAAGCAGAGCAGUGCGCGGUCAGCUUCAGUCUCAGCGCGAACCUCGAAGUCGCUGUGUGAGGGAGGCAGUGUUGCGGCAAGUCGUUCCAGCAAGUGCAGCAGCGCACUAAAUGAAGCUCGUCGUGUCCCGGCUUCCCCUGGAGGUGCGCAAGCAGCAAAUCAGAUGUCGCAGUCCUGCUCGUUAGGGGUCUCCGGAUCGAUGGAGCAUUUGGAGGGUUUUCUCCGGUCAGCCAAGACCUUUGUCAACGAAAUCAGAACACAUACUAACUCCGUGGGUUCUCAUACUAACUCGUCCUCUAGUAAGUCUACGAAAGUGAAGCAAACCGGUUUGACUGACUUGCUAACGCGGAGUGCCUAUUGCGACACAGGAUAUCCGAUUGAUCAGGCUUUUUGGGAAAGUUCGGGGGAUGAAGCAGGCGAUGCGAAGCGAGCGCGAGUAUCAGCCGCUACUGCUGGAUCAGUCUUAAGGUUAUAAUAGGCUUUGUUCUAGAUCUAGAUUCCCGUAAGGUUCGCGGUAGAAGCAAGUCGUUAUCAUUUUCAGUCAGUCAGUCAUGUGGGGUUGUGCUGCUCAGGAGAUGCUUCUUACAUCCUAUGUAGAGAAGUAAAGGCCUUAGCACACAGAAAUGAAUGUGAGAUUGAUACUUCAGAAGUCCGUACUGAGAUGAAGUAAUCGGACGUAAGUAAUUAAGUACUGGAUGCGCUUUCUUGAAAAACGAAAAGAAUACCUAUUGCUAAAGAAGUGUGCUCCGCUAAUUAACCCCUUGUCUUCUGCGCCGCUGCCGGUUCCCGUGUGCGAGGGCAAUGAGGAAGUACUCCUGUCCACAUUUCUGAGCACAUUGGACGGCAUCGCGAGCAAGCGGGGCAGUGCCGCAGAGCAACAUCUGCUUAUAAGCACAAGCAAAGGACUCGGCGGACUCCAGUCACGAAGAGGCUCGGUGGAGGGCAGAAAUGUCGCACUCCAGAGUCCACCAGCAGAAUCGGGCACAGGCACAAUCACGUCAUCGGAGCAGGGGGGCUGUGAGGCUAAUCCUAGUAAUGCAGCGGAGUAUGAUGUUGACGGCAAUUUACUGCAGGAGGUGGAGCACCAGAGUGCGGAGUUGUCUCUCGUGUGUGCUGCAUCGUUGUUGAUGCCAGAGGCGCCUAAUUUUCGUGAUGAGAAUCUGGAUGGCUUUAUUGGCCUGGAUGGCCUGGACGAGAAGGACCAGAUAUGCUUGAAUGCACUACAGCAACAGCAAGAGCCUGCUCUUCUUGGUUCCACUUCUAGCGAUCCGUUUUCUGCUGAGGGAGCUGCAACGUGGGAGCGCUCUACUGGAGAACCCUGCGCACAGCUUCAGAGUCGUGUGUUUCGCUGUCCAUGCUCGCUGUGUUGUGUGGCGCUGACGCAGAGCGGCGUGGGUGGAGAGAGCGAAGAUUUUGGCAUGCUCGCUUCGGGCAAAGAACUGAACCAGGGUGAAGACGUGCUGGAAGCGGUGCUUCAAAGGGAUAUGCAAAUGAACAACAUGAAGAUGGUCGGAGAAGAUGAAGUGGAAGCCGCCUCUCGUCGCGCGUCAGCUGGUUCUAUGUUUGCAAGAAAAGCCAAAAACACUGAUAGUUCUCGUAGUACGGUAGCCUCGUCCGAUCCUGUUGCGGCUAACAAGAUCGCUUGGGUAUCGCACAAUAGUUUUUUGCGAGCGGGCCUCUUCAGCGAGGGGUUACAGCAGCUCUCUGGGGAUUUUCUGCUAGAUGUUGUUGCUUCGAUGUUCCUCGCAAACAGUUUUGCUCUAGAAACAGAGGAGAGCUUCUGUGACCGAUUUUUACCUGUGGACGACGAAGUCGAAGAAGCUGCCAGAAAUGAUCAUAAUGGCUUUCAAGAAACAGGCGAGGGCGAAGAUGGAUCGUGGAAUAUUCCACCACUUGAGGGAGUAGAAGUAGAGGUGUUAAACGAUGGUGGCGACUUCAUUCCUGAGACUGGCCAGAAUGGGAAUGACAAAGGCGUCGAGCAGAAUCAUAAUACCGCGGCUAAGGGUGACGUGAUCCCGCACUACGAAGUGAGUGGUACCUUGAUGGGUGCCUUGAAGAAAGAAGACUCCUCCCAGUCGCAGAUAAGCAUAACCAUAAGCACUGCAACCUCGCGCCAGCUACAUGUUUUAGAGGGUACAGCAACUGCUGAUGGUGGAACGUUGCAAGGGGUAAAUAUUAAGAUAGACGAUGAUUGUUCCCGACGAAACUCAAAGUCGGGUGGAGGAGUUGGUCACGACAUCAAUGGUUUGGGAGGGUCGGGACAGCACGACAGCAUGCAGUGUUUCUAUCACCGCGACGGGCUAAGCGGGCAUACGCUGCGCUAUCUCUCCGCGCGUGCUGGGCGAUUGCUUUCGACGUCCCAUGAGUCGGAGGCAAAUACCUCCUUAGUGUUGUGUGAGGGCAGGGUUGCAGCGGUGGCUCGUCGCGUAAUCGUGAAAGGAGAGCUUCUGCUUCGUCCAUCCCCGUGA